AUGCUUUGCGGCAAAAUCCACGGAUCCAGGCCCGGGAGGCGGAAGCUGCGCGCAGAGGUUGCUGGGAAACGUAGUUCCCUAGAGCACGGAAGUGGGCAGGAGGUCACCAGUAUUUGCUGUACUGUACUUUAACAGGAUUUUUUCAAGGAAGCCUAUCAGUCUGAAAGGAAGAUGGGAAAAGGCUUCAAAGUGGUGGUUUGUGGAAUGGCUUCAGUGGGGAAGACAGCCAUUUUGGAGCAAGUUCUGUAUGGUGAUCACAGGAUUGGUGCUGAAUAUUUUGCAACUAUAGAAGACGUGUACGUGGCUUUGGCUGAAACCGAUCGAGGAAUCAAGGAACAGUUACGGCUGUAUGACACCAGAGGAAUUCGAGAGGGAGAGGAAUUCCCUAAACACUACUUCUCCAUUGCAGAUGGUUUUGUCCUGGUGUAUGCUGUGAACAGCCUGGAGUCCUUUGAAACUGUGGACUGGCUUAAGAAGGAGAUUGACAAGCUGAGAGACAAAAAAGAGGUGUCAGUUGUUGGUUUAGGCAAUAAGAUUGAUCUUUUGGAGGAAAGACAAGUAGAAACUGAGGUAGCACAGCAGUGGGCUCGGAUGGAGAAGGUGAAGCUGUGGGAAGUGACAGCAACGGAUGGUAAGACACUGAUGGAGCCCUUCAUGGUAUUGGCAAGCAAACUGUCUCAGUCUCAAAACAAAUCAGCCUUUCCUUUGCCUGGACGGAAGACCAAAGGCAAUAAUGAUGACAGCUAAAAACUUUGCUGCCAGGGAUGAGUGCCUUGAAUUGUCUCUUCUUCCUCCUGCUGAGCCAGGUGUUCCAUUUUGCUAUUUCUUUGAUACUUUGUCAAGCAUUAAUUGUGCUUCAGGCUGCUAUUGGUAAAAUUCUGUGUAUUCAAUGCAGAUCUUUGGUUUCUAAAACAGUUGAAUAGCCUGAGAGAUCAAGGGCAAGUAUGGUUUUGGAAGUUUUUGCAUAAAAGCACUGCAUGGAUCAUGGUGGUCUGUUUUUAAUAAUUGUUUAGUUCAAUAGGCAUAAGGUGGCAUCUGCUAACAGGGUAUCGUGGAAAGAGGUGCCCAAGAGUGUUUUCAGAUGAUGCUAUUGUUGUGUAGACAUUUGCCUCAAUUAUGGAAACUUACUUUGGCGUACAGUUGUGAUUUGGAACCUGCUACUUCUUCCCUGGUUUCUUCCUACAUACAUUCCAAAAAUGGGGAAAAGAUGGAGUAGAUACAAUGUCUUUCAACUGACAUUACUAGGAGCAUGCCUAAGAUCCAGUUAGCUGACUACAGUUUAAAUCCCUCUAUGUAUUGGAUUGUAGCAGCUCUAACAGCAACUGGAAAAAAGAUAAUGGGGUAAGUAUGUUUAGGAAGCCUGUUGUGCACCAGCCUUCAGCACACAGAUGAUUUCUAAUAUGACAGGGCUUCAAAGUGUUUGGCCAGCUUGGGGAAAUUGUAGAACCUGGGCUGGACUGCAAUUGAAGAAUGUCUCCACUGACUACCCGAAUGUAAGGCAUUUAAGGAAAAGUCAAGCUGUUUGCUUGUAAAGAAUUCUAGAUUCUAGAAUUCAUAAUCCAAAAAAGUGACUUCCCCAGGCUCUGAUCUCUAUAUAAUGGUGCCUAUUUGGUCAGUUUAAAAAAAGGCAAAUCGAUAUGAAUGUCUUAUACUCAAGGGAUUAAGAUCAAGAAAGUCUGUCUUCCAGUCAACACUUGUUUUGCUUCAGUUGGUACCUUUCUCAGACAAGGAAAGCCUUGUACAGGCUCAUGGAAGUAAUCAGAUCCCAAGACAUUUAGAGGUUUACAGGUAACUUGCAGCACUCUGAAUUGUGCCUGGAAACAGAACCACCAGCGGUGCAGUUUUGUUGAAAGAUAGAUCCCCCCCCCCCAAUUUUGCCCCAUGUAAUACUUGGCCUCUCUGUUUUGUAUUCAGUUUUGGGCAGUGUAUGUUUGCAGGCCCAGAUUUAAGACUGUAGUAGUCUAGUCAAGAUUAUAACUCACAGUUAAGGUCAGUCUACAGCCUCAGAAAAAUAAUAGUAGGUUUUGGAAUUUCACACCAGAGCUUGCUUUGUGUAUUUGAAAAUGUAAUACUGUAAGCCUCA